UUCCCCAUGACCUCCAAAGUCGUGAGUGUGGAGGACUGCGGCCCCGAGGGCUUCCGGUGGAUCACCCUGAAGCGCAUCACGUGGGAGGACCCGUCUGGCCGCCAGCGCCUGUGGGAGUCGGCUGAGCGCACCACUCGGCGCGGGGAUACUGACGGCGUGGCGAUUGUGGCAAAGGCAAGGCAGCCGCCGCUGCUGCCGGUGCUGAAGCAGUACCGGCCGCCCGUGGCCAACUAUUGCCUGGAGCUGCCCGCGGGGCUGGUGGAUGGUGGGGAGAGUGCGGGGCAGGCGGCGGUGCGGGAGCUGCUGGAGGAGACAGGCUACCGGGGGCAGGUGGUGCAGGAGACGCCCAUCUGUGUGAGCGACCCGGGGAUGAGCAACGCCAACAUGCGCUACGUGACGCUCGAGGAAAGGAAGAAAGCAAGUGAGGAGGAAAGCAUGUGUUGCCUGCCGCAGGAUGGCGAGUUCAUCCAGGUGGAGCUGGUGCCCUGGGGCAGCCUGAUGCAGCACCUGCUGGUGAGCACGCCCGCCUGCCCUCCAGCCUGCACGAAUGCAUGCAUGGUUGCACGCCCGCCCGCCUAG